AAUGUAUACAAGCUACACCAAAGAAAAAAAAAAUUGACAAACAAAUAUAAAAUCCCUAUGAACAACUCUAGAGAAGACCAGUGGUUACAACACUAUGAGCAACAAAAUAUUCAAGAGAUUACUCCGUGCUUCAACGCCAUUAACAUCGCGUCAUCGUCGGGAUCUUCCCUUGGAGACGGUGGUGCCGCGGCACAUGAAGCUGCUGGAAGGAGAUCUAGGGCUUCGAGGAGAGCCAUACCAACAACCCUCCUAAACGCAAACCCUAGCAAUUUCCGAGCCCUAGUUCAGAAAUUUACCGGACGUUCUGCCGGAGGUGAAUCCAACCGCAGAAAAGGUCCGGUGACUUUGGAUUUCGGGUCUCCCACUACAAUCUCCAAAGAAGCUAUCUUUCCAGUCUCAAGCGAUCGAAGUAAUAACAAUCUUGAUCAUGUGGUCAACCAACACGUGAGUAACGAGCAGCGUCACGUGACUUGGUCAGGUACAGAAUCAAUGAUGUCGUAUCAGUUAGGCGAGGAAACUAACUCGGCGGUUUACAGCAGCGGGUACGAUGAUCAAGAUCUUCCGAGGGAAUACUCCGGGAAUAGUAGCUAUGAUGAAAGUUUGGAUCACAUGGAUUAUUAUCAAGAUUUCCACCGUGAGACGGCAACAUUGGAAGAGUUUAUGAUGAGAGAUCUCGAUUUAUAAUAUAGCUUGUUUUUAGUCAUUAGAUAUUAUGAAGAUGAUAAUAAUCAUGAUCAUCAUAAUGUUACUUAGGGGAAAAACAAGUUUCUUAGAAAUAUUACUUUACAAUUGAUUUUCUAAUAAUAUUUGAAGAAAUAAAUAAAAUAUGUUCCAAAAACUUCCAAUAUAUGAUGUGAAUUUUGUACGAAUCACUUGAAUUCAAUUAAAGGGUUACGUUGAAAAAUUAAAAUGGAUUUGGUAUGGUGAAUUACUUAAAAAUUUAAAAAGUUUUAGAUCUAGGAAGGAGUUUAGUUAGAGCAUCUCCAAAAUAGAGUAGUAACUUAAUCUUAGAGUUGGUUUUUUCUC